GAGGAGGAAGAGGAGAAGAAGAAGAAGAGGAAGAAGAAAGAGGGAACAGCGGUCGCAGCAGCAGCAGCAGCUGCUGCGGGAUUCUCUGCCUCGCGCCCAACCAGCCCGAGGGAAACCCCCAGGAUGCGGCUGAAACCGAGCGUCGUCUUGCGCUUAUACAGCCUCUGCGGGAUCCUCAUACAAGGUAGCCAAGGGCAGUUUCCGCUCACACAGAAUGUAACAGUUAUCGAGGGUGAAACAGCAACGUUGACCUGUAGGGUUGAUCAAAAUGAUAACACCUCCCUCCAGUGGUCAAAUCCAGCUCAACAGACUCUGUACUUCGAUGACAAGAAAGCUUUGAGGGACAAUAGGAUUGAGCUGCUUCGAGCUUCAUGGCAUGAACUAACCAUCAGAGUCACUGAUGUGUCACUGUCAGAUGAAGGGCAAUACACCUGUUCUUUAUUUACUAUGCCUGUCAAGACUUCCAAGGCUUUCCUCACCGUUCUGGGUGUUCCAGAGAUUCCUCAAAUUAGUGGAUUUAUUUCACCGGUUAUGGAAGGUGACAGGAUGGAGCUUACAUGCAAAACGUCUGGUAGCAAACCAGCUGCAGAUAUCAGAUGGUUCAAGAAUGACAAAGAGGUGAAAGAUGUUAAAUAUUUAAAAGAAGAGGAUGCAAAUCGGAAAACGUUUACUGUCAGCAGCACAAUGAAUUUCAAAGCAGAUCGCAGUGAUGAUGGUGCAGUCGUAAGUUGCAGAGUAGAUCACGAAUCUUUGAACUCUACACCCCAGAUAGCAAUGCAAGUUCUAGAAAUACAUUAUCUUCCGUCAGUUAAAAUAAUCCCUUCCACGUUAUGGCCAGAAGAAGGACAAUCUAUAACUUUGAUUUGUGAAUCCAAAGGAAAACCACUGCCAGAUCCAGUAUUAUGGACGAAGGAUGGUGGAGAUUUACCAGAUCCAGAAAGGAUGGUUGUCAAUGGUAGGGAGCUAAACAUUAAUUCCCUCAAUAGAACGGACAAUGGUACAUAUCGAUGUGAAGCAGCAAACUCUAUUGGCCUAAACAGCGCAGAGUAUGUUCUGAUUAUACAUGAUGUUUCCAACAUUUUGCUUCCCACCACUGUCAUCCCCUCCCUUACCACUGCAACAGUCACAACCACUGUAGCCUUAACAAGCACAGUCCCAUCGGCAACAGCCAUCAGCACACGAGACCCCAAUGCUAUGGCUGAAAAGGACGCAACGGACCACGCUGUUAUAGGAGGGAUAGUUGCUGUAGUUGUUUUUGUCACACUAUGUUCUAUAAUUCUGCUUGGUCGAUAUCUGGCAAGACAUAAAGGGACAUAUUUAACAAAUGAAGCUAAAGGAGCUGAAGAUGCACCUGAUGCGGAUACAGCCAUUAUCAAUGCAGAAGGCAGCCAAGUCAAUGCAGAAGAGAAGAAGGAAUAUUUCAUAUAGAUGCAGACUUAGGUUCUCUGAGUAUUACUCACCAGGCUGACUGCUGGAGAAAAUUGGCUCUCAUCUUUCAGAAUUAAUUUCCCCCCAUCAUUUUUUGCUACCUUUAUUAAUGUACACAAAUGCUUUCAGUAGCCAGUUUAUACCAACAAUCAGCCAUGGACAGCGUUUUUUUCCCCUUUAAUUGUUAUACCAUUCAUAACACAGGUCAUUUCUUAUUGCCUAAUCAUCAUAUCCAUUGCUCUCUUAACAUACAGUGCUUGAAUAUACAGCCUUAACAACUUUAAUCAUCAUCUGUUCAGUUUUUCUACAUUUUUUAAAAACAAAAUGUUAUAUAGCAUUUCUUUUUGGUUUUAUUUUAUCAUGGUCCUUACCGGUAUUGCACCAGGCCAUUUUCAUAGCAACUGUUCUGAAGGUGAGGACCUCAAUGUACUUACAUAAAACAUUACAAGUAAGAUUAGAGGUUUACAAAGAAUGUUUUAUAUAUGUCUAUAAUUCAAAAAAGCAGCCUAGUUUUGAAACAUUAUGCCCUAGGAAACACCAACUGAAAGCAUUCUAGUAUAAUUUCUUGUGUGUUUGCAAAUGAUAGCAAAGGGGUAUGAACAGACCUUUUAUUUUAAUGGCACAUUGGUACUAAAGCAACGUCUGGGUGGUAACCACAUCAUGCCGUUUGUCUAUACAGAAUCCACAGAGAUGGAUGAUGUAGCUCCAUUUUGAAAAUGUUUGUCCCGCUCUUUUACUGCAUUUAGGAUCAUAAAGACUUCCGUUAUCUAUUUCUGUAAUUUCUGGUUUUAAUUUAAUUUAUUUGAUUCACGUGGGCUCACCUGCCUUCUCAAAUUGGACAUGUUCAUGGGGCACAAUUGCAAGGCAUUUUAGUAUCUGUAUAUAGUGCAUAUAAUAAAUCCAAUUAAACAUUAUUUGAUACAUAUUUAACUUUUGGGGCUGUAGGUAAGUCAGUCACAAGUAAGCAUUUUCUAAUGUCCAUUAUAUCCCUUUAGAUAUGACUUAAAUUAAUAUUCUGAGUAGAUAACAUGUAUUAGUACUUUUGUCUGUAUGUCCUAGCACUGUUCAGCAGCAAACUUUUCUAGUUCCAGGUUUUUCUUUUUCUUUGUUAUACAAUGGAAGCACAAUGUUAUAUGGAAAGGUAGUUUUAAGCUAACAACCAGUGCACAGCCUCAGGUUUUAAAUUCCAACCACAUUAAUGAUUAAUGAUUAAGUUGCUAAAAUUUUCAAUAUAUAAUUUGGCAGUUCCAGAGCUGCUUAUCAAUGUUGGAUUUGCCAAAACACAAACAACAAAGUGUUACAACAAAAAGCUCUAUGUUUUGUGUAUACGGUAAAUGGACUAAUUCUUUAUAUUAAAUUCCUGUCUAUGCAUUUUGUGAGGUACAAACUUAUGUCACGGUGAAUGAUAGAGAAUAUCUGCCAUGCUUUUAGCUCUACAGUAAAGACCUCUUUUUGAGAUUGCUCUCAAAAUGUGGGGCAAAAUGACAUCUUCAAAAGAUAGUCACAAAUUCUAAAUCUACCAUAAAAUAAGCUGAUUGGCUUGAUUCCUCUUCCAGAAAAAAAACGUGAAACAUCACCAGAUGCGCUUACUGGUCCCAUGUCAGAAGAUUCAAAUCAGUAGCAAUUGCUGUUCAUCUCCUAAGUGCUGCACCUUAAAAUAAAUAAGAUUUCUAUAUGGAUGCUAUUACUGGUGAAGUCUAAAAGCAUAAUGGCCUAUUGUAAAGGAUUAUCUCCUGGGAUUUAUUUUUU